AUGGAUUCAGAAGUCAUGGCGUCAUUAGAUCAGUAUCAUGGUGAUCGGCCUUGGAGACUCCCAAGUCGCCUGAGGGACCAAUCUCCAAGGCAGUGCCGCCGCUUCUUUAACAGUCCUCGGUGUGCCAUUGUCAGAGGCGGCAAGAUCAAACGGACGCUCUCUAUUGGCCAUGUUGCACCUGUUUUCCUAGAAUGGCAGGUCAGGGUCCCAGCUCUCUGA